UGCUGUUGCCGGAGCUGGAAGACCCAAACUGAGCUUAGCCCACGCGCCGCGCUGUUGGGUGGGGGCUGCGCAGCCGCAGUAGGAGGGUCUGGGCCUGUACUACGGGGCAACAACCGACCGUUCUGGCAUCAACCGUCUUCCUCCCUCACCCGGUUAACUUCAUCCACCUGAAUGAGCAGCCAUGGCCUGGGCUACGGGCAUCCUGCGAGCCAGCAAAAGAGUGAGUGCAGCUGGAGUGGAUCUCAGGGACCUGAGCAUAGCUCUGCGGCCCAGUCGCGUGCUGCAUGUGCCUCUCAGCCGGGCCUGGUGGAGCGUCACUCCCACGUCCACCAUGUCGACCCUGAAGGGUGAACUUAUCCAGCACUUCAGCUCCGAAGAGCCCAUUCUCCACAACAAGGUUUCCAUUAUAGGAACUGGGUCAGUCGGCAUGGCCUGUGCCAUCAGCAUUAUAGCGAAAGGCUUGACUGAUGAGCUUGCCCUUGUUGACAGUAAUGAAGAAAAAAUGAAGGGUGAGACGAUGGAUCUCCAGCAUGGCAGUGUCUUCAUGAAAAUGCCAAAUAUUGUUUGCAGCAAAGAUUUCCAUGUCACUGCCAACUCGGAGGUAGUGGUUAUCACAGCAGGUGCACGCCAGGCGAAAGACGAAACGCGCCUGAAUUUAGUCCAGCGGAACGUAGCCAUCUUUAAGGUGAUGAUCGCCAGUAUUGUCAAACACAGCCCCCGCUGCAAAUUGAUUGUCGUUUCCAAUCCAGUGGAUAUCUUAGCGUAUAUAACCUGGAAACUGAGCGGGUUUCCCAAAAACCGUAUUAUUGGAAGUGGCUGCAACCUAGAUACUGCUCGCUUCCGUUACAUGCUUGGCGAGAGGCUUGGGAUUCACUCUGAAAGCUGCCACGGGUGGGUCCUUGGGGAGCAUGGAGACUCAAGUGUCCCCGUGUGGAGUGGAGUGAACAUCGCUGGGGUGCCUCUGAAAGAGCUGAAUUCUGCCAUAGGAACUAGCAAAGACCCCGAGCAGUGGGGAAAUGUCCACAAAGACGUGAUUGCCAGUGCCUACAAGAUUAUCAAAAUGAAAGGCUAUACCUCCUGGGCCAUUGGCCUGUCUGUAGCUGAUAUUGCAGAAAGUAUUCUGAAGAAUCUCAGGAAAACACAUCCAGUCUCCACCAAAAUUAAAGGUCUCUACGGAAUAAAAGAAGAGGUGUUUCUCAGUGUGCCUUGUAUCCUGGGAGAAAAUGGCAUCUCUGAUAUUAUAAAGGUGAAGCUGAGCCCCACAGAGGAAGCCCAGAUGGUGAAGAGUGCAGAAACACUUUGGAAAAUUCAGAAGGAUAUCAAGUUUUAAGCCAGCCCUGUA